AAAUAUGACUAGGCUAGUCUGUGAAGGUGCACAGAAGUAGUACCCUCCUCCCCCUCCGGAGUUGGUCUCGCCCAACAGCUUCAGGCUACGGGCCAGGCCGAAGAGUAAGGACAAGUCGGGCCGUAGUUCUAUUUUUCUGGUGUCACUGCUCAGGCGUUCCAUUCGGACGCGGCGGGCAGUAGGGAGGAAAGAAGUCGGCUCUAGCGGUAACUUCGGCGCAUGCGCUCUUAGCAUAGUGGAGGAGCAGUCAGGAUAGACUGGAACAGAAGACAAGCAAACCCAAUGGCUCUUCUGCCAAUGUGGAAGAGAGACAGAAGAAAGUGACUACUAUAUUCUGCUUGACAAAAAAUGAAAAAGAAUUUUAUGUUCCAAGUGAUGAAUCUUGCUUAGCAAGUGUAGCCACACGCCAGAAAGAGAAGCAUGCAGUGGAAAUCAAAGAAGAAUGUACACAUAAAAGUCACGGAAGAAUUUCUCAGACAGGUGACAUGAAGGCAUUUCUGACCCACCAAGCUGUUUGUGAAAACUGUGAAGUGAACUUGCCUGGGUUUAGCAACUCUUCAGCUAUGGAGUCAACUGUAGAUAAUGAGGAGGACAUGUAUCGUGAUGCAGAAGAAAUAGAGAGAGAAAAAGUAUUACUUGUUUGUGAGAGAGGCUCCACAGAAAAUAAGCUAAGUGUUGCACCUGAAAUGGAUAUCGUGGAGUACUGCCAAAAAGAGUGGAGAGGAAAUACACCAGUGGCAAAACUUAUGAAAAAGGGAUAUGAAGCAGUUUCUCAGAAAUUUGCCUGUAUAAGGAGAGUAAGAGGUGAUAACUAUUGUGCUCUCAGAGCAACGCUAUUCCAGGCACUGAGCCAAGCUACUGAACAGCCUAACUGGCUCCAUUCAGAGGACUUAAUGCUGCUUCCUGAAAAGCUGCUGAGCAAAUAUGACUGGAUCAAAGACUGGCAGCACAGAGGAAAACUGGGGAGAAAGAUGAGAGAAAUUGGUGAUGAAAUUAAGGAAUAUUUAGGACUACUAAGGAAGAAGUGGAAGAGUGUAAGUGAAAUGAAGACACCCAUGGAGAAGCAAGGUGCUUGCAAUGAAUUGUUUAAAAACGAAGAGGAGGAAUAUUGCCUUUAUGAAGCCGUGAAAUUUUUGAUGCUGAAUACAGCCAUUGAAUUAUACAAUGAUAAUAAAGAAGGAAAGAAUGUACCUGUGUUCUCAUGGCUAUUGUUUGCUCGGGAUACAUCCAGCAAUCCUAAGCAAUUAAUGAAUAAUCACUUGAAUCACAUUGGUCACACUGGAGGCCUGGAACAGGUGGAAAUGUUUCUUCUUGCAUAUGCUCUGCGACAUACCAUCAAAGUUUAUAGACUAUAUAAAUACAGCACUGAUGAAUUCAUCACACAUUAUCCCAAUGACCCAGAGGAAGACUGGCCUGUAGUGACUCUUAUAACUGAAGAUGACAGACAUUAUAAUAUUCCAGUUGGAAUGUGUGAGGAGACUGCCGUGUAAACAUAUUAUUUUGGCAGGCUGGCAAAUUUUGGAUGAUCAGAUUUCCAGUACUAUUUAAAAAAAAAAAAAAAAAAAAGUGGGCGGGCCACGAUGAGGUUUAUGUGAUUAAAUCUUCCGUAUUUUGUUUCUUGAGUUGCAGAGGUUUGAACUGAAAUGCCAGAUAGGAGCUCCCUGAAAGCAAGGAGUAGGAAAUUGUACAAGCUUUUAUUCUUGUGUGUAAAAGAAUUUGAAUGGAGCUCUUUGGAACAGAUCUCUGAACGGGAUUGUAUUUAUAAAAAUGCAGAACUUGCUAGGUUACUUCCUUAAAGAAGGUUUGUUUGGCUCAGUGGUGAGAGGGCACUUAGCAUGAAAGCUUAGCUCAAAAAUUACUAUAGCAAUGAUUAAAUGAAAUUGCUGUUUCAUGGACAGUGAAUUUUAAUACUGCUCUUACAGGUUGUUUAGAAGUAAUUUGUAUGAAUGGUAGAAAUGUGGUGAUGGUAUAUGUGCCAUUUAUCUUACAUUAGUAAGGAGGUGUUUAUUUAAAAUAACCAUUCAGGGCUGUUCUUUGAUGGCUGUCUAUUUCUAGAAGCUAGGGAUCUGGUAUGCUGGAAAUUAAGUUGGCGGGGCGGAGGUUUCCUUCCCAAAGGGAGCAUGGCAAACGGAUUUAGUAAUUACGAGGGUACAGAGCAGUUUUCCCCUAGGUCAUCUCUAUGAGUCCUACUGAGCUCAGUGUUUUCUGAAAGUCAUUAACACUUCCAGUCGUAUUUUGAAAUAUGAUAGCAUCAGUCUAUUUCUCUUUGAGUAUCUGUCCAUAUCACAAAUGUUCGUAACAUAGUUGGCAUCCUUAUUUUAAGCCUCUGUGAAGAAGUAAAGGAUAUGAAUGAACAGUGAUAGCACUAGACACGGGUAAAUUUGAAGCCAGUGCGUAUACGAUGUUACUUCUGCUACACUUUUGUCUGAAGUUUUUCUUGCAUGGGACAUAGUGCUUUUGAUCAGUCACCUUUCACAAGCAUUAAAUUUACUGUUUAAAAAAUGAAUGGGAGGAGGAAUGCUAUGCUCUGCAGUCAUGUCAUAAUUGAAAGGUUUUCUGUCUUCACCCUGUGAAUUAGUUUAAAACUGAAAUAAGGCUUCUAGUUUCUUUCAGAACAGGAGAUAUGUAGAGUUUUAAUGGAAUGAAAAUCAGACAUUGUGAUAUAAGCGUGCCUGCCCCUUCUGAAUGGUUGGUUUUCUUAACAGGGUUGCGUAAAGAAGAAUUUUUUUUUAAAGAAGUCUUGACAUCAGUGCUGUAACUAGUUCUGUGCUGUUCUGCUUCAAAUUAGAUUAGUCUUUAAACUUGCCCUUUUGAGAGUAUUUACUACACCAAUCAGUAAAUAUUGACCUCACCAUCAUGUGCACUGUAAGCCUAUGAUAUAUCAUUUUGUUACCUCUAUCCUUUUUUAAAUAAUUAGCAUGGUGCUUUGUGUCAAAAUGGUUCCUAGAAACCACAUGGAAAUAAUAAAUUAAAAAUGCUGUAUCUUAAUAUUUUAUUUCCUAGCUCAGUCAUUUAUUUUAUUUCCUAGCUCAGUCAUUUCUUAGCACAUGUCUUGGUCUGCUCUCUCAAAUUUUAUUUUGAAGUCUUAAUGUUGAAAUGCUGAACAAGAACAUAAUCUAUGUAACGAAAAAUGUAUUGAGAUCAAACAUUGUGUGUGAUUGGCAUUUCUGUUAAUUUGCUGGUCACAUUUGAGUAGCCAAGAACUUCUCUCAGUAGCUGAUAGUAAAGCAAAAGGAGAAAAAAAACUUUCAAAUUACAAUCCUACAUUUAUUCUUGCACUUUACUGGGCCAUACAAUGGUAACUUAAAUCAGUUUCUAUUUUUUUAAAUCAUAAAUCAUGCUCUCUCUUUUUAGGUUUUUAAAAAUGGUUAUUGUAUUUGACUGAGAUGUGAGCAUAAAGAAAACACUUUUAAAGAAUUCUUUGCAUUUGAAAGCUUGUCUAACUUUAUCCCAACUAUACAGUUGGUCCAAUAAAUGGUAUCACUCCCCCACAAAUCCUGUUUUUUUUUUUUUUUUAUAUCAUGCAUUCAGCAUUCUACAGUCCUCAGGCAUACUUAGGACCCUGUUUUCAGGCCCUGACUUAUGCAAGCAGUUCCAUGGUAUGUGCACACAGAGCAAGGAAAUGCUGUGCAGAGAGAUUUCAUGUGCACGUGAACUAAUAAGCUCUCUUGGUAAGUCUCAGUAACGUAGCUAUGUUCCUUCUGGUUCUGGUUAACGUUCAUACUAAAAUAAAAAUGAAGUAAAGUGAAGAAAAAUAAGUUUCCGUGGUGCUGCUUUAGACCAUAUAGCUGUACUCCUGAUGGUUCUGGAGAUAUGCAUUGAAGCUAGGGUGAAGGAUUGAGCCCAAUGAUACUUUAUCAUUUACAAGUAUAGAAUAUAGUGAAACCUGGAAAUAUGGUAACACCUGGAAUCUGCCUGUAUAAAAGUCAGUGACAAAACUCCCAUUGACAUCAGUGGGAGCAGGCUUUGACUCUUGAAUGCCUUCUGAGAAAUCACCUUGUGUAUUUUUCUUGUCAAAGCACAGUGCAACCUCAUUAUAACAAACUCUAGUGGUGCUGGAGAAAAGUGCCUUAAAAAUGGUGUUUGCCUAAAUGUAUUUAAUUGGAUGCAUCAUCAUAAUAAGAAUGUCGGUUCCUACUAUUGGUCUGGCUAAAAAUGGGAUUUGUUAUAAAUAAGGCUUGUUUUAUAACAAGGUUGUACUGUAUUUUAAUGCAAACAAAUGAAUUUUCACCUACUUUUGUAUAUAUUAAAACUAACUUUGUAUUUCAAAUAUAAAAGCCUUCAAAACAGUGCAAAUGCCUUGAAUUUAUUUAAUGUCCCAGAAUUGACAGUUAGUUGUUUGCAGACCGUUUUUUUUCUAUACUUAGCCAAAAUAGCCUAUAGUAGUGGUGCUCAAACUCAGGGCCCAUGGGCUGAAUGCAGGCCAUGGAGUUGUGUCAUUCAGCCUGUGAGGCUCCUCAUGCAUCUAGAAAUUUGGUGGCAAGGGGAAGCAGUGGCAGAUUUGAUUGGCUUGUUUUUCCAGAGCCAUGGCACUUAACACUGCCACCGCUUCCCUGCUGCCAAAUUUCCAGACCCACAAGGAGCCCUGCAGGCUGGAAAAUGACUCUGCACCAAAAUGCACUGGUCUACAGGAUCAGAGAUUUGAGCACCACAGGCCUACAACGUCAUGGGCUAACCUUCAGUCAACAAAAUAAAUGAAAUGUGUAACAGUGGGAGGAAGAAGAAGGGGGAGGAGUCUUGUCCAGCUACUUUUCCUAAUGGAUAUUCUUCAGUGGAAGUUACCCAUAGGGGCAACGGCUAUUCUGAGCAAAGAUUGCAAGGUUAGGCCCUAAUGAUGGUAACUGGUAAAAUGGCAAGACCUGAAGCAUGCUGGAAAAGGUUGGUAAAAUCUGUAGUUGGUUAUCUCUCUGCUCACCUAGGUAUUUCAUUGGUUUCCAUUACAGUAAUAUCUGAGCACGUAGUAAGGAAGCAGAGAUGAGAAUAUUAAUUUUGAAUUAUGCAGUCCGCUACUCUUUGUAGCAUUACCACAUACUAUUUAUACUAUUUGUCUCCCUUUCCUCCUUAUAUCCUCUUAUUUUAUUUUAUUUUUUGUAUUAUGUGAAAUUUUUUUGAUUACAAGCAUUUCAGUGGAUGGACCGUCACGUUCCAUUUUUUAUUGACACAUCCAGGACACUGUGAAUGUUUUAAAAUAUACAACUACUGAUGUAUUCUACUCCCAUUUUAUU